AUGGCAGAGGGCGAGGAGGGCACUGCAAAGGAGGAUGCUCCUCCUGCUUUCGCCGUCCCUUCAGACCUUAGCCUUUCAUACUUCUACGGGCGCGAUGACCUUGCGGACUGUGCUAUCAGGCUGCCAGCUUUGCCAGGGGAGGAGGCCCAGGAGGUGAAAUGUCAUCGCCUGGCUCUCUGCUCCUGCUCCGGGUUCUUUUUCCGGAGCUUCCUGGAACCUUCGGAGCAGCCGACCACCUCGGAGCUACCCACGCUACCGGACGAUGCUGAGCUUCGCCGGCAGAUGCCCAUUCCGGCACUCUUCCAGCUGAUUCUUCGCUUCGCCUACGCUGCACAGCGCUGGGAGGCUCUGGAGAACCAGGUGUCUCCAGGGCAGCUGCCGGGGCUCUACGCGCUGGCUCUGCUUUUGGAGGCACGGCUGCUGGCCGAGGCCGCAUACAGCCGACUGGAUGCCAAUCUCAGUCCCAGCACGGCUGCUUCUCUGCUUUACCUCUCGCAGCUAUGUGGGAGCUCCGAGGACUUCCGAGCCGCCAAGAGCCGGUGUUUGGAGGUAGUGCGCGGCGGCUUCGGUGUCCUGUGUGAUGUCCCAGCUUCCCUGGGUCUAGUUUGCAAGCUGCCGGUGGAUGUCCUGGUGACGCUACUCGAGGACGACAGCCUUGAGGUCAGCACGGAGGGAAGGGUGCUGCAAGCCGUGCGGCACACACUCUGGCGCCGUCUUCCGCGCACGGGAAGGUCGCUGAAGCUCAGCGGCCGCCUUUGCGCGUCGCCGGCGCUCCAAGCCGAGGAGGGCUUACAACUUAACUGGCAGCUUCAGAUCCUCGAGAAUUCCCUCUCGGAGCCGUCGGUCCUGCCGGCGCCACCCGUCGAGCGGUUCUUCGCUGCCGGCACAGCCCCGGCUGCAGAGACGGCACCUGGAGAAGGCUCCCAGCUGCCUGAGCUCUCGCUGCGGCUGCCCGGGGACGCAGCGCCCGUGGCACUGCUGCGUGCAACGAGGGAGACUGGCGAAGUCGGCGUCACGGCGCUCCUCUCCUUGGAGAGCCUUCCCGAGGGGGAGGAGCCCUCAGCAGAAGCAGCUGCGGAGGCUCUGGAUGCGGAGGGGAAGCCGGCUGGAACAGUUCGAUUUACGUGGACGGUGAGCGAGGCUGCAGCGGAGGAGGCUCCUUCCGCAGAGGGGGAAGAGGCCAAGGAGGAAGGUGGUGAGAAAGAGGUUACCAAAGCCCCGACGCCCCCCGACGCGCUGCUUACCAACGAGGAGGUGCAGCGACUUCUGGCAACCGUGCGUUUCCCCCACUUGGAGCACAAGGACCUUUUGGCCGCAAUGAAGGAUCCUAUCCUCGCAGAGGCCGGCGCUCAGCAGCACAUCCUGGCGGCGCUCUCCUCCCGGUUGUCGCAGUACGAGGCCGUGGACGGUGCCGCCACCUCAGCCCAGCCGCGGCCGUCGACUGUGCGAAGGGGACCCCCAGGCCCAGGUUCACCACGUGCGCCACCGCCGCCACCAAUGGAGGAGGAAUCCGGGGCACAAAGCCCGCUGCGCAGCACGCUGGGUCGAGGCACCCAGCUGGGGGUCUCUGGCGUGGCCCUCUUCCCGUGCUCGGUCUGCAGCGGUCAAGGUCGGAUGCAGCUCCGCCAUGUGGGCGACCGCUGGUCCGCGCGCUGCAGCCGCCACGCGAGCUGUGGAAACACGCAGUGGCUACCGAGUUGCGUUGUGGCCGCUGCUGUGGAUGGACAUUGCGGACCUUGUUCCUUGCGCAUGGGGGCUGAGGUGCGCACACUCAGCAUACGCAUUGGCCGAGACCAACAGCAGACGUUGCUACGGCUUCCGUCCGGCACAGACACCUUGCGUGGUAUGUGCAUUGCCGGUUGCCACGACCUUAUGUCGCUGCUUGGCGCCUGA